AUGUCGAUGCAGUUUCUAGGCAUACAGAUCGAUGCUGUAUAUCAUACCUCCAUCGUGAUUGAUGGCGUAGAGUACUACUACGGCCAAGGCGUACAGACAUGUCAGGCGGGAGCUACACAUCAUGGCCGGCCCAUGGAAGUCAUCAAGCUUGGCCAAACUGCACUUCCCAUGGAGGUUAUAUUGGAGUAUCUCGAGUCUUUGAAGGAGGUUUAUACCCCUGAGGCCUACGAUCUAUUUGAGCACAACUGCAACAACUUCUCCAACGACUUCGCCAUGUUCCUCGUAGGCAAGGGGAUACCAGACCACAUUACAUCGCUCCCACAGACCGUCCUCAAUACGCCGUUCGGGCAGAUGCUACGGCCGCAAAUCGACGCCGCCAUGCGACCCAUCACGCAAGCACCGACGCCGCAGCCAGUACAACCACAAGCCAACUCGAAGACUUCGAAUGGAAACACAUCCAACGGAGCCUCAUCUGGAGGAAGCGCAUUGGAGAUGAAUACGGGCAGGGUCAACAACAUAACAGCGUUGAGAGACGUAGAUCGCCUUCUCGAUCUAGCGAAGGACCGCUGCGCCAUCAUCUUCUUCACGAGCUCUACAUGCGCGCCAUGUAAACUGGUAUAUCAGCCGUAUGACGAUCUCGCCGCCGAGAACGGUACGAAGUGUGUCUUCAUCAAGAUAGACUUCAGCCACGCCGAGCGCUCGAUCAGCACCCGUUAUCCGAACGUUCGCGCGACACCAACUUUCAUAACAUACCUCAGAGGCGAGAAGCAAGAUGAGUGGAGUGGAGCUGAUCCAAGGCAGCUGCGGAACAAUGUGGAGAUGUUAGUCAACGCUGCAUUCCCAACCCAUCCCCAUCUCGAGAAGAGCACAUCCAUGCUGUUACGGCAAAGUCAAAGACCAGUCAAGUUCGCAAAGGUACCGCCAAUGGAGAAGCUGGUCGCGAAGAUGGGAGAUGCUGGGAAAGAUCCGGCGGUAUCAUCCAUUGUGUCCUUCCUCCAGAUGCGCGAGCAAUCUGGAGCCAUGGAAGCGCCAUUAGGCGAUCUUCCGCAGCUUGCCCAAUUUUUGAGGAGAAGCACUUCAGUCCUUCCACCAGAGCUUCUCUUCACUGCACUCGACCUGCUUAGAAUAUCGCUGAUCGACGUUCGUGUAGCUGGCUUCUUUGCAGAAGAACACAAAGGAGCCACAGGCACACCAGCAACCAUCCACCAUCUUCUCGAUCACGUAGACAAGCUUGGCGAAUCUGCGCCUUACCCGCUUCGACUUACGACGCUACAUCUCGCAUGUAAUCUCUUCACCUCGCCGCUCUUCGUACCACACCUCCUCGCUCCACCGCUUUCGUCCACGCUCAUCUCGAUCCUAACGACCGCCCUACUCGACGACAAACACCCCGCGCUCAAAGCCUCCGCCCUCAGCCUGGCGAUGAACAUAACAUCUUCCAAUCAUCAGAUAAGGAUGAAGAAGCACAGCGCAAAUGUAUCGCAUGCGCUACCUUCGGAGUCUGAGCUACCGGAAGCGGAGCAGGGCGAGCUACUGGCUUCGCUGCUGGAAAACAUCAGUAGUGAGGAGCAGUGGAGCGAGAACCAGAAGAUGGGCAUCAUCUGUGUUGGCUGGUUGGUAUAUGCUGCCGAUCUGCAAGGCGAGCUGAGGGACACAUGGAAGGUGAUGGAUGCCGCAGGCACGAUAGGGAAGGUUGAAGCGAAGGCUGCCGAGGAUAGGUUGAUGGUGAAGGAGGUUACGGGCUUGCUUGAGGCAUAA